AUGGCCACGUGCCGUUUGGUGGCCGUUGCUGCCCUGGUCAUCGCAAUUUGCUGGACCAGCGGAGUCUUUACCACCAAGCUCUUGACGCAGAACUGCGGCUACCGGAAGCCAUAUUUGUUGACGUACCUUCAUGAGCUUGGUGCCACAGCCAUCUCAGUCCCUUUUGCUUGCAGUCAACAGCUGUGGCCACGCUGCAAAAUCUUUGGCCUUCGAGCAAUGGGCUUGGGUUUGCUGGCUUUCGGAGCCAACAUCUCCUUCAUGGUCGCGCUGGUCUUGACGACUGCGAGUUCGGCCAUGACACUGGAGCAGCUGACACCUGUCUUCAUCGCAGGAUUUUCUUGCAUUUUCCUAAAGGAGAGAUAUCAGGCAUGUCAGAUCUUUUGGCUUGCGGUGGCCAUCAUGGGCUCGGUCAUCGUUGCCCGCAGUGACCUCAAGGCUUGUCACGGUGAAGGUUGUAGCGGUUCAAUGCCCCUGCUGGGAGAUGGUCUGGUGGUGGUUUGCUGUGUCACAGCAGCUUUGUACAUGGUCCUCUUCAAGAUGUGGUUCGCCAGAAAUUGCACUAGCCCUCAGCUGCUCUUCACCUACUUCAUCAUGAAGGGGAUGAGUGUCUCCGUGCUGGGUGGCAUCAUACUGCUCUUUCUCUCGGAGUCUCAUCGUGGUUUGCCGACCGAUACCUGUGGCUGGGGAUAUUUGAGCAUCAACAUGAUUGCCAACAUGUGCUUCAAUCUCUCCUUGGCCUGGGGCAUUUUGCUAGUUUCUCCCCUAGCAUGUCGAUUAUUCGUACUCUUGGGUCUUCCAGUCUCGCUAUUGCUGGACUCCGUGCUGGGCGUCUCCAUCAGUCUGUGGCGGGUGCUGGGCGUGGCGGUCGUCGCCUGCGGUGUGGCUGGCUUUGAAUGGGCCGGAACGGUGCGCAGCCGAGCAGGGGCGGACCAUGGGGCUCCGGUGGAGGCAGAGGAGCUCAGCAGCAUUUGUGAGGAUUCGAGUAGUGGCCAGUCUUCCUGCAGCUCGAGUCGGCCGAAACUCUCCUCGAAGCUCUCCUCCACACUUUGCGGCUUGGUGGCCGUCGCGGUGUGUGCUGCUGGCUUCGCCAUCUCCAGCACUCACCACUCGGAGCUGCGCUGA